AUGACAUCGAAUAUCCCAGAAAGUAUAAAUGCGGCAUUAGUUUCAGCAAGAGAAUUGCCAAUUUAUGAUUUUCUAGAGGAAGUUAGGGUGAUGUUUGGCAGAUGGAAUUGUGAUAACAAAAAAGAGGCAUCAUUCACAUUUACUCCCUUGAUUGGAAAAUUUCUGGAGAUACUCAAAAUCAAUGAAGCAAUGAGUACACGACUGCUGGUUUUUCCAUCAACUGAAUAUGUUCACAAUGUCAAUGAUAAAGGUAGAAAUUAUAUAGUUUGUCUUCAGAAGAAAAUGUGUACUUGUGGAAGAUUUCAGUAUGAAGAAAUACCAUGUGACCAUGCUUGGGCUGUUCUGAAGUUCAAGAGUUUAGGACCAGAUGAGUUCUGUUCGAAUUUAUACACACCGACAAUAGUGUUGAAGACUUAUGGUUUUCCAAUAUACCCAUUGCCAGAUAAAACAGAGUGGGUGGUCCCUGGAUACAUAAUGACUGAUUUAGUUCUGCCUCCAGAAUUCAAAAGGCCUCCUGGAAGACCAAGAAAAAAGGCUCGCGACAAAUCAGCAAGAGAGAUGUUUGAAUCUAAGGGGACAAAUACAUGCAGUACAUGUGGUAUUGCAGGUCACAAUAGGCGUUCUUGUAGAAAUCAGCCUCGGGAAGUUUAG